CUGGUGGGUUGUCCUGGGUGGUGGGGAGUCGGAGCCCCAGGGCCCGGCGGGGCAGCCGGGGCGGACCGCUCUGACCCGGCCGAGGCGCCCCAGCCUGUGCGCCGCUGCGCCGUCGUCCCCGUGCCGACUACAUGUCCCAGGGGCCCGCGGCGCGGCGCGUUUCCUUCGGUCCUCAGGGCGGGUGCACCGAGGCCGCGGCUGGAACCAGGUUCGGGACUGUGGGGCGGCUCGAGCAGGGUGUGUGUGAGCGUUGCCUUCCCGGGACACUGCUGUUCUCCAAGACUGAAGCCAGGAAGAAAAGGCGGAGAUGACUGUUGAGCUGGUGAAAGCCGUACCUCAGGACUUGGUGACAUUCAAGGAUGUGGCAAUAGACUUUUCCCAGGAGGAAUGGGAAUGGCUGACCCCUGCUCAGAGGAGUUUGUACAGGAGUAUGAUGUUAGAGAACUAUCGGAGCCUGGUAUCACUCGGACUUUGCAUCUCUAAGCCAUAUGUGAUCUCUUUAUUGGAGCAAGGGAAGGAACCUUGGGAGAUGAAGAAUGAGAUGACAAGAAGCCCAUUCCCAGAUUGGGAAUCUAUGUAUGAGAUGCAAGAAUUAUCUCUGAAGCAGUUCAUGUGUGAUGAUGUGUUAAUGAAGAGAAUUACAAGCUAUGGACUUAAGCGUUCCACUUUUGGGGAAAAUUGGAAAUGUGAAGAUGUUUUUGAGAGGCAGCUGGUAAGUCAAGAGACAUUUAUCAGGCAAGAAACAAUAACUCAUAAAGAAACCCUUACUAAGGAAAUAGACCAUAAGUAUAACAAAUAUGGGAAAUUUGUCCAUCUAGACAAUGUAGAAGAGAAUGUUUAUAAUCACAAGUCAGAUAAAAAAAUCUUUUCCAAAAAUUCCAUGGUAGUGAAACCCAAGAAAGUCUAUGCAGGAAAGAAACUUUUUAAAUGUAAUGAAUGUGAGAAAACCUUCACCCAGAGCUCAUCCCUUACUGUUCAUCAGAGAAUUCAUACUGGAGAGAAACCAUAUGAAUGUAAGGAAUGUGGGAAAGCUUUCAGCCAGAGUCAACACCUGUCUCAACAUCACAGAAUACAUACUGGAGAGAGACUCUUUGAAUGUAAAGAAUGUAGGAAAGCCUUCAGCCAAAAUGUACACCUUAUUCAACAUCAAAGAAUUCAUACUGGAGAAAAACCGUAUAAAUGUAAGGAAUGUAGAAAAGCCUUCAGCCAGCCUGCACACCUUGCUCAGCAUCAGAGAAUUCAUACUGGAGAGAAGCCCUAUGAAUGUAAGGAAUGUGGAAAAGCCUUCAGUGAUGGCUCAUCCUUUGCCCGACAUCAGAGAUGUCACACUGGCAAAAGACCCUAUGAAUGUAUUGAAUGUGGGAAAGCCUUCAGGCAGAACACAUCCCUUAUUCGUCACUGGAGAUAUUAUCACACUGGGGAGAAACCUUUUGAUUGUUUUGAUUGUGGGAAAGCCUUCAGUGAUCACAUAGGCCUUAUUCAGCAUAGGAGAAUUCAUACUGGAGAGAAACCCUACAAAUGUAAUGUGUGUGGAAAAACUUUUAGCUAUGGCUCAUCCCUGACUGUCCAUCAGAGAAUUCACACAGGAGAGAAACCUUAUGAAUGUGAUGUCUGUGGGAAAGCUUUCAGCCAUCAUGCUUCACUCACUCAGCAUCAAAGAGUGCAUUCUGGAGAGAAGCCAUAUGAAUGCAAGGAAUGUGGGAAAGCCUUUAGGCAGAGUAUACACCUUGCUAGUCAUUUGAGAAUUCAUACUGGUGAAAAACCCUAUGAAUGUAAAGAAUGUGGAAAGGCUUUUAGCAUCAGUUCACAGCUGGCUACUCAUCAGAGAAUUCAUACUGGAGAGAAACCUUAUGAAUGCAAGGAAUGUGGUAAAGCUUUCAACCAGAGGGCACACCUUGUCCAACAUCAUAAAAUUCAUACUGGAGAGAAACCUUAUGAGUGUAAUGAAUGUGGAAAAGCCUUCAGCCAGACUACUCGCCUUAUUCAGCAUCAGAGAGUUCAUACUGGAGAGAAACCCUAUAAAUGUACUGAAUGUGGAAAGGCUUUCAGUGAUAGCUCAUCCCGUGCCCAGCAUCGGAGACUUCAUACUGGCCAAAGGCCCUAUGAAUGUGUUGAAUGUGAGAAGGCGUUCAGAACAAAAUCAUCCCUUGUUUGUCAUCAAAGAUGUCAUACUGGGGAGAAACCUUAUGAAUGUAGUGCAUGUGGUAAAGCCUUUAGCCAUCGUCAAUCCCUUACUGUUCAUCAGAGAAUUCAUUCUGGAGAAAGACCAUAUGAAUGUAAGGAAUGUAGGAAAACCUUCAGCCAGGUUGGACACCUUAAUCUACAUCAAAGAAUUCAUACUGGAGAGAGAUCUUAUGAAUGUAAAGAAUGUAGAAAAGUUUUCAGACAAAGUGCACACCUCACUCAUCAUCAGAAAAUUCAUGCUACAGAGUCAUCUCUGGGAUCCAGCUCAUCCUCACCCCUUAUGUCACCAAGUCCUGUCCAUAUUUCUGCUAAAUAUUUUUGGAAUUCAUCCACUUCUUUCAAUUCUCAUCGACCUAGUCCAAAACACAAUCGUUUUACCUGGACUAUUCCAAUUGUCUAAAAACUGGUUUCCAUGCAUCCUCCUUUGUCCCCUUCAAAUUCAUUCUUCACACUCCUACCACAGUGGUCUUUUAAAGAUGUAAAUGUAAUUUACAUAUUCUUCUUCUGUUAAAACCUUUGUUAUGAAAUUUUAACAACUUGAUGCAUAUGAAGUCCUUUGCAUGGUACCUGACUCAGACUAAGUGCUUGGUAAAUGUUAGGUCAGCAUUCUUCAGAGUCUGCUUAAAAAUUAUUUUUAAAUAGUAAACUCUGGAAAGCAGUAUAUCAGUGCUAGGAGAUCAUAACAAUUUGAAACUGAAACUAUAUCUUAAGGUGAAUGAUGAUAUGUUUUAAAGCUUGAUAUCAUAAUCAAGUAAUAUAGUGGCUUUGUCAUGACUCUAAGGCUGUGUUUCUUUGUUGGUGAGCAAAUUCAGUGUGACCUGAUACAUAGAAUAUGUUUUAGGAAGUGUCUAGAGAUCUGGAUAAGACUAGAACAAAAGAAUUAGAAUUUGUUGGGAAGAAUGUAAGAUGAUACAUAGUCCAAAACAAAAAAAUUACUAAUAUUUAAAACUGAAGGGGGGCCAGCCUGGUGAUGUAUUGGUUAAGUUCA